AUGCCUUCCGGUAAAAGAAAGAAAGUACCAGGCCGUCGACACAAACACACCAUAUCUCCGAACCAGCACCUUUCGAUCUCUGCAACGACUCCUCCACAUCACCAAUCACAACGUGCAACUGCAGCACCAUCAACAAGCUCCUACACCUGGCAAGAUUUGCGCAAAGAUCCACCUACCAAGAAACGAGCUACCAUUGCAACUCUGGAGUCGAAAGGUGCAACUACUCGCGCAGAAAAAAGAGCAGGUGGAUACCUGAUGGCAGGGGGAGUUAUGGCUGACAUGAAGAUGGGAGCAACUACUCAUCAUCCGUUGUUUCUGCCACAAAUCGAUGUUCCAAAACCCGAGGGUAUGCGGCCAGAGACCAAUCGGAGGAACUUACAUUAUGUGCUGCUGAAGACUGGUCGAAGCAUCUGCCACAACUGUGCGUUGUUAUGGAGGCAUCACACGACAAUGGUCUGUGGGGAGAGGUGA